UACUUAUGUGUAAUACACUGACUUUUCCAUUGCUUAAUUUUAAAUCAAAACAUUUGCACGGGGCACUCAGUAGCAUCUGCAUCAAUUCUGACUGAUGAAGAUAUGCGCAGGGCCAGGAAUGAAAUAUUUCUCUCUGAAUUCAGUCUGUCCUCUGUUAUGUCAUUGUUUGCUAUUUGCAGAUGUAGUUACUUCAUCCUACUUAGCAGUUAAGAUCUGUUUGUAAUGAAUUCACAUGGCAAGUAGAGUGAAUCGAGUCCACUUUUGUGUUAAUUUACACAAAAGAAACAGAAGUGAAUAGAAACAAAAGUGUAUCUUGCUUGCACCAUGAGAGAUGAAUGCUCUAAGAACUAAGAGAGCUGCUCCAAAAGUAAUGUCUCCUAUUUUAUUACAUUGGCCCACUGUCAGAGGCAGAUGUUAGUGGUGUGGCUGAAGAGGUAUAAUCUUCCCACCAGUGUUCUGUUACAUGUUGUUGCCAUGUGACAGAUGGCAACAGAGGGGCAGUCUGUUAGAACAGCAUCUGACAUGGAUAUGCAUAUGAAAGAAAAGCUGGAGAGGAAGUGACUGUCUAUCGACUGGAAGAGAGUUCACCUAUGAACCUUAGUAAAAGCAUGUCUUCUUGGUCCCAGCAUGGUAUGGCUGCAAUGAUCCAAGUCUUGUCACAAGAGGAGAUGGAUGGGGGUCUGCGGAGGGCCAUGAAGGUCAUUUGUACUUGGUCUGAGAAUGAUGUGUUAAAGUUGGGACAAGUAUUUAUUGUGAAGUCUUUUUUGCCAGAGGUGGUUCAGACUUGGCAAAAGAUCUUUCAUGAUGGUACAGUGUUACAUCUCUGCCUGAGGGAGAUCCAACAGCAAAGGGCUGCCCAAAAGUUAAUCUAUACCUUCAAUCAAGUGAAGCCUCAUACUAUUCCUUAUACUCCAAGGUUCCUGGAAGUUUUUCUCAUUUACUGCCAUUCUGCAAACCAGUGGCUGACCAUUGAGAAGUACAUGACGGGUGAAUUUCGGAAAUACAAUAACAACAACGGAGAUGAGAUCACACCUAGCAGCUUGCUUGAAGAACUGUUGCUGGCCUUCUCUCACUGGACCUAUGUGUAUACUCGUGGGGAGCUCCUUGUCCUGGAUUUGCAAGGUGUUGGAGAAAACCUUACAGAUCCAUCUGUGAUUAAACCUGAAGACAAAAAGUCUGGAAAGACGGUAUUUGGACCAGCAAAUCUAGGGGAAGACGCAAUAAGAAAUUUCAUCGCAAAGCAUCAUUGUAACUCUUGCUGCAAAAAGCUGAAACUUCCUGAUUUGAGAAGAAAUGUCUGCACAACGGAAAGACUCUGUCCAGCCUACAAAAAAGAAAUAGAGACAAGUGCCAGAGGAAUUGAUGACGAAAAAGAGACUGUGGAGUAUGACACACGGCUGUGAAGCAAUGACUGCAAGCAGAGUGCACAAUUGGAAGCUUGAAAACCUGUUCCUUGUCAUUGCCAUGGGUCAGGCCAAAAGAACAAAACAUAGAUAUCUGAAUGUUGUGUCAGUUCUGCUCACUUGAUAAAUGCAGUAGGCAAGAAACAACAAAAAAAUCUUUUUAUUUACUCCCUUUCCAUGGCCUUCUGGUGGUCCAUUUUUCUACUCGUUAAAUUGCCAGGAGCAGGUCAGGUCACUCAGUAGCUGGAUGAACUGUUGCAUUUGUGCCUUUUUCUGGAAAUGUGGUUAAUAGUUCCAAAUGUGCUUGCUUAGGAUAAUAACUGUGAAAAAAUAUUUACAGGGAGAAGUGAUUUGAUAUGAUUUCUCUCUCUGCUCUUCAAUAAAUAAGUGUAUACGCAUGUAAAUCACUCAUUUUCAGAUGUGGAGGCCACUCAAAAACAUCCUCACUUUUGCCCUGCGUAUAGGAGACUUUCCAAGGCAUUGCUGAAAUAUUGUUUUGUCUUGUUUGCUGACUUUGAUCCAGAGACAGACCUAGAAGACACAAGUAACACAUUAGUGGUUAAACAGUAGUUGCUGAUAUAACAAGUGUAAUGCAGAAUUUUAUGGGAGCUUCAAUCCUUUUCACAUACCAAAAUUAAAACAAACAACGAAGAGUUAAUUUAUUGGCCCCAAAAGUAUCAUUUAUCUUUCCAAUCUGUGUUGAUAAAUUCAAUAGAUUCAUGAUCUUUAGUACAAACAUAAAGAAUAACCUUGAUUGUGGUUUAAAUUUUAACAGGAUCUACUUUCCUUUAUGUUACCUUCAGAGUGUUGUUAAGUCAUUAGGUGGUUAAUUGCAAAACAUUUUAAAAGUCAUAGAAAGUAAUGUGUUCCAUUUGGUAUUUAGCUUUUUAUUGUCAUUGCCAGGCUGUACAAAGGAUUAUUUUCUAUCGAUGUGGUACCAGUAUGCUUUUACAACAUAUUGAUAUGUGUUUCUGUUGAUUCAGUAGAAGUUCAUAAAAAUGAAAAUCAGUUCUGUGCAAUAUGUUUUUUGUAGAAUAAGAAUUAAAAUGGAUGCUCAGCAUAAAUAUCUAAUACAAUGUAUGUUGUAUUAAAGAUCACUUCUAUCAUUUAAACAUCUUCGUAAUUUUGUAUUAAGAGUAGAAAUACUUAAAGUAGACAUGCAAAUCAACAGAAAACUUAAUACUUGAAUAAGAAACAAAAUCAUAUUUCUGCUACAAUGUAAAUUUUAAUGUUUAAAGGAUCUACUUGUUAUACUUACCAUUAAUUUUGUAUAUUUAGAAAGUUUUUAUGUACACAUAGGAAUUAGAAACAUGGAAUCACAGAAUGGUUUGAGUUGGAGGAGAUUUUAAAGAUCAUCGAGCUCCCUGCCAUGGGCAGGCUUGCCAGCUAUUAGAAGAGGUUGUCCAGGACACCUCCUAAUAGAUUAGGUUGCUCAAAGCCUCAUCCAUCCUGGCCUUGAACACUUGCAGGGAUAGGGUGUCCACAAUUUCUCUGUUCCAACAUCUCACCACCCUUUGAGUAAAGAAUUUCUUCCUAAUAUCUAAUCUAAAUCUAGUCUCUUUCAGUUCAAAGCCAUAUACCUUAAUUGCUAAACUCCCUCGUGAAGAGUGAUGCCCUGUCUUUCUUGCAGACCCUCUUUGAGUACUGAGAAGUUGUUGUAGAGUCUCCCCAGACGCUCUAGGCUAAAUAAUCCCAAUAUUCUCAGCCUUUCUAACACUGUAGAGGUGCUCCAACCCUUUUAUCACUCUUGAGGCUCUCCUCUGGACCCGUUUUAAUAAGUUCACAUCUUUCUUAUGCUGAGGAUUCCAGAGCUGAAUGUGGCACACCAGGUGGUGUCUUACAAGAGUGGAGUAGAAAGGAAGAAUUUCAAUUCCUUCAACCUGUUGCUCAUACUGCUUUUGAUGCAAACCAGGAUAUGGGUGGCCUUCUGCAGAAGUUAUAUGUUCCCAGUUAUAUGUUCCCAGUUUCUGUAUUGAUUAUGAUAUUGAUUAUGACAUUGUCAUAACCACCAACAGUACAUUCAGCUAAGACAGCUGUCUUCAGUUCUUGAGACCACCCUAAAGUGAUUCUUCUUGCUUUUUAUCUUUUUGUACAAAAAUCCCAUCACCUUUCUUCCUAUUACAUUUUACUAUC